AUGGCGGCCGAGGAAGGCCACAGCGAGGUGGUGGCACUGCUGCUGAAGUCCGGCGCUUCCCUGGAGGCGACGGAUCACAGCCAGACGCCGCUGCACUGGGCAGCCAGUAAAGGCCACAUUGAGGUGGUCGAGCUGCUGCUGAAGUCGGGCGCCCCCGUGGAGAAAGCGGACAAAUUCGGCGUCGCGGCACUGCACUGGGCCGCCAGCGAGGGCCGCGCCGCGGUGGCGGAGAAGCUGAUCUCGGCGGGGACCAAGGUGGAAGCGACCACCGGCGACGGCCAAACGCCGCUCUUCAAGGCCGCCUUCUACGGCCACGUCUCUGUGGUGGAGCAGCUGCUGAAGUCUGGAGCCUCCGUGGAGGCCAGGGACAGCUUUGGCCAGACGCCGCUGUUCGAUGCUGCUGAGAGGGGCUGUGUCUCUGUGGUCGAGCAGCUCCUGAAAUCUGGCGCUUCGGUGGGGGCGCAGAGUGAGAACGGCAAGACGCCGCUGCAUGCAGCGGCUUGGAACGGCCAAGCCGAAGUAGUCGAGAAGUUGAUCGCUGCGGGCGCCAAGGUGGACGCGACCAAUGGUGCAGGAGAAACAGCUUACGACCUCGCCAAGAAUGAGGGCCUGAUCUCAACAGACGAUGCAUCAGAUGAGAAACGGGGCAGCUUCAAACAGUUCCGCAGCGUGCCAGUUGGCCGGCUGGAAUGGGAAAUUGGAGCCUGGAAGGGGGUGUCCUAUGGUGGCCUUGUGAAUAGUCACGCGGCGUUUCCCGCCGCUGAUCCUGGCGACGACGAAACGGCCGAAACGACCGCGUCGAAGUGGUCGAGUGGCCUUGAGAAGCAGUUGGACCCACCUCGAGGUGGACGACGUGGACCCGGAGCAGCGGCGUCGCGAGACGCCGUGGACCCGGCCGGAGGCCACGACGUGGACGCAGAAGAACUUCAUCAGUCGUUGAAGGAACUCCCAAGGGACUGCCCCAGAUGCAUCGCAAAAGGAUCUGUCACCGUUGCAGCGGUGGUGCCUGUGCCUCGCCUCAGCGCUAUCGGAGUUUGGGUGAAGCCUCGCUGUGCCCAAUUCAUCAGGAUGGGCAGUGGCAGUUCCUCAGCCUAUGAACUGACCAAGGAGGAGGAAGCGGCCCUGGACAAAGCCCUUGUGCAGGCUCCGACUUUGAGGAAGAAAGAGAAAGAACUGAAGGCCAGUGCAGACAAGUCCAAAAAGCUGGAAGAAGAGGUCACAACUCUACGGAAGGAAUCGCAGGAACUGCAGGCCGUUGCCGACCAGUCCAAAGAAGAGGCCUCCACUCUCCGCAAGCAAGUGAAGGAACUGCAGGCUGUACCGGCUGUCUCCACGGAUUCCGAGAAGCAUCCCUCUGAUCCAUCGACGGAGCCGAAACUCGCUUCGCCCAAGUCCUUCCAGGCCGCAGUUGCAGAGAAACUCGCCACAGAGGCAGACAAAGCGGCGGCUGGAGACUGGUCAGGGAACAUCGUCGAAGCCGCAGAGAACGGCGACCUUGCUGCGGUGAGACACUUCCUGCGGGUCGACAGCGGUGGACUCUACGGCAGAACAUCGCUGCUGCACGCAGCAGGGAACGGCCACGUCGAGGUGGUGGAGCUGCUGCUAACGUCUGGUGCCUCUGUGCACGCGAAGGGCAAAUGCAGUGAGACGGCGCUGCAUUGGGCGGCUCAGAAAGACCAUUGCGCCGUGGUCGAGAAGCUGAUCUCCGCAGGGGCCAAGGUGGACGCGGCCGACUGUGAAGGCGACACGGCCCUGCAUACGGCAGCUAACCAUGGCUGCGCUUUUGUGGUCGAGAAGCUGAUCUCUGCAAAAGCCAAGGUGGACGCGACCAACUAUGAAGGCAAGACGGCGCUGCCUUUAGCGGCAGAGCACAGCGACGAGAGGUUUGUGAGUGUCAGCUUUCCAGAGAAGGGCCCAAUGCCAGACCCAAUGCUGUUCACGGACUGCCACAUCAAGGUGGUAGAGCUGCUGCUGACCGCCGCUGCUUCUGUGGAAACGAAGGACAAACUUGGUCACACGGCGCUGCAUUUUGCAAUGGAGAAGGGCAACGUUGCCAUGGUGGAGAAGCUGAUCUCCGCAAAAGCCAAGGUGGACGCGGUCGACUGUGAAGGCGUGACGGCGCUGCAUCACGCGGCUCUUAAAGGCCAUUGCGCCGUGGUCGAGCAGCUGAUCACCUCAGGGGCCAAGGUGGACGCGGUCGACUCAUUCGGCCAAAGGCCGCUGCACAUGGCAGCAUCAGUCCGCGGCCAUGUCUCUGUGGUCGAGCUGCUGCUGAAGUCCGGCGCCUCCGUGCAGGCGACCAAUGACAGGGGCAACACGGCCCUGCACUUUGCGGCGAUGGACGGCGACAGCGCCAUGGUCGAGAAGCUGAUCUCCGCAGGGGCCGAGGUGGAUGCUGCCAAUAAAAAUGGCUGUGGUUGGGGACAGCUUUGUGGCUUUGGCGACAGAGGUGAUGGAGGCAGCACUGCGUUGCAUUUGGCAACGUUGCUGCGCCACAACGCGGUGGUCGAGAAGCUGAUCUCUGCACGGGCCAAGGUGGACGUGGCCGAUGAGUACAGCAACACGGCGCUGCAUUUUGCAGCGGCGACAGGCGACACCGCCCUGGUUCAGCAGCUGAUCUCUGCAGGGGCCAAGGUGGAAGCGGCUGACCGGAACGGUGAGACGCCUCUUCUCUGGGCAUCAGAAGAAGACGAAGUCGAGGUGGUCGAGCUGCUGCUGAAGUCCGGUGCCUCCUUGGAGGUACAGAAUGACAAUGGCGACACAGCACUGUAUGGAGCAGCUCGGGAAGGCCAUUGCGCAGUGGUCGAGAAGCUGAUCUCUGCCGGGGCCAAGGUGGACGCCAGUGGCUUCCAAGGCAGAACUUCACUGCUCCGGGCAGCAGGGAACGGCCACAUCGAGGUGGUCGAGCUGCUGCUGAAGUCCGGCGCCUCCGUGGAGGCACAGAAUGACAAUGGUGACACAGCGCUGCAUUGGGCGGCUCGGAACGGCUUCAAGGCCGUGGCCGAGAAACUGAUCUCCGCGGGGGCCAAGGUGGACGCCAGUGGCUUCCAGGGCUGGACGCCACUGCUCUGGGCGGCAGGCAACGGGUGCGUCGAGGUGGUUGAGCUGCUGCUGAAGUCCGGCGCCUCCGUGGAGGCGAAGACCAAUGCCGGCGACACAGCGCUGCAUUGGGCGGUCUUCAACGACCGCGGUGCCGUGGUCGAAAAGCUGAUCUCUGUGGAAGCCAAAAUGGACGCGGCAAACAAUUUCGGCAAUACGGCGCUGCAUUUGGCAGCUCGGGAAGGCCACUCUGCCUUGGUCGAGAAGCUGAUCUCUGCAGGGGCCAGCGUAGACGCAAACAACAAUUUCGGUGGGACUCCUUUGGCCUAUGCGGCAGGCAGCGGCCACUCUGAUGCGGUCGAGCUGCUGCUGAAGUCUGGCGCCUCUGUGGAUGGGAAGAGCAGCGAUGGCGAUACGGCGCUCCAUGAAGCAGCGCGCAGCGGCUGCACCACCGUGGUCGAGCAGCUGAUCGCAGCGAAAACCAAGAUGGACACGGCGAACAACUUCGGCGAAACACCUUAUGACCUGGCGAAGAAAGGAGGCAACCAGAAGCUCAUGGACCUUUUGAAACCGGCUGUGGAUGACCCACCAAUCACGAAGUGAGUGGAUCAGAUGGCAUGGGUUCAGAUCAAAUCUCACCCAAUGCUUUGAAGAAUGCUGUGAAACACCAACCAAAU